GUGUUUCUGACCUCCUCCCGCCGCUGCUCCUCCUCAGGCUGUCCGACAGCAGAAUCAAGCCGCCUCUCGGAGCUCCAGACCCGGACACUCCGCCAGGAAACCCCGCUCCAGCCUCGGCACCGGGCGGCCCGGAUCGGCCACAUCAGGAUGUGGAUCUGGUAUUUUCUGCUCGGUUCGGGCUCGGUCGAUUGUCAGAUAUCUCCUGGAGGAAACUCUUCAUGGCGCUGCAGUGCUCCUGGAAGCUUCACGUGUGCUGAUGGAGAGUGUGUUCCAGCCGCAGGACAGUGUGAUGGGUAUCCGGACUGUGCUGACCGCAGUGACGAGCGUGGGUGCUUGAAGCUGAAGUCUAAGUGUGCGUCCACCUUCUUCUCCUGUGCUAACGGUGUUCACUGCAUCAUCGGCCGCUUCCAGUGCAACGGCUUCAGAGACUGUCCAGACGGCAGCGAUGAGGAGAACUGCACUGCACACCCGCUGCUAUGCUCAUCGCUGCGCUUUCACUGCUCCAACGGCCGGUGUGUGGACCGCAGCUUUCUGUGCAACGGUCAGGACAACUGUCAAGACAACAGCGAUGAGGAGAACUGCCUCACGACCGCAGAGUCUCCGAGACAGGUGUUUGGCACUCUGGACUAUCGUCUGCGCUAUUAUCCCAGCAUCACGUACGCAGUGAUCGGCAGCGCCAUCAUCUUUGUCCUGGUGGUGGCGCUGUUGGCUCUGGUGCUGCACCAUCAGAGGAAGCGCAGUGUUCUGCUGCCCCAGAGGGUGUACCGCGGCUCCUGCCACCAACCCCUGCUGCUGUCCCGACUGCUGAUAGUGGAGCGAGGGCACCUUCUUCACCCGUCUCGCUGUCCUGGAGCUCCAGCAGACCUGCCUCCAUCAUACUCACAGGCUGUACGGGACUCUGGUCGCCCUGUGUGGUUUGACCUCCCGCCUCCACCCUACCCUCCACCCGACAGAGAACCACCUGUAUAUGAGGAACCAGAGGAACCUGCAGAAGCUCAAACACAGACCAGCAUUACCAGUGUGGAGGAUACUCCACCAGCACCUCCAUCACCAGCACUUCCAUCAUCAUCAUCACCUCCAGCACCACUAUGAAAGACUCCAUGAUGAACACAUGAGCACUGCAGACACACAGACAGAACCAGUGGCUGAGAAUGAUGGAGGACCUAGACUUUGUCCAUCUCCAGAAACUCAAGCAUUAUGAGGAUCUCCAUCCAGCUGUUGAAGUUCAGAGUUUGUGUCUGAUGGAGACUGAUGAAUAUGGGCCGAUCACACCCAAUGUGCUUUUCUGUUUUGAUAUCGUGAGGCGGACCACAACCACUGAAUCAGCUGCGUAUUGUGCUGUUAUAAUGUAAUAUUUAAUAAUAUUGUGAUAUUCAGGAUAAGUCGAAACAGCAACCGCUAGUGUCUCCUGCGUGUUUAAAAGUCUCAGUAGUCGACUUGACAACACAAACACUGCUGUCACCUCAAUGCAAACACCGUCUCUGCUUUCAUUUGAGUGAACAAUGAAAAAAGAAGCCACUGAUAUAUCACGCUUCUCCUGCUCAGAGUUGAUUUCUUUUUCAACUGCAGGUGGUUAAAACACUAGAAAUAAGCAGCACGACAAGCGCUCGAGAUCAUCAGAAAACCAUUGAAAAAACACGCCUCUCAAAGCAAAAACUUCAUUCGGUGUGAUCAAGAAUCUGUCGUUAUGUUUAUAUAGUAGCUCUUCAUCAUGCUGUACUCUGCGUGAUGCUCUUCACAGCACUGAGAACGCUAAACUUCUCCUGUACACUCAAUCUGCAGCACUUGGCCUCUGCCAUAUAUGAUUAUGGUAGAUUCCCACCAAGCAAUUUUGAGUUUAUUAGACAUCCAAGCAUAGAUAUCUUGGCUAUAAUCAUCAAACAGACAGGCUAUAAACAUUAAAUAGACGUGUCUUCAUUUAUUCCUGUGCAUUUGAUGACUAGUGUAGUUUCGGGUCUUGUCUACUGUCAGAUUUUCACUGACAUCCCAAAUUUUAAAUUGAGCCAAUGAAGCUCGACUUGACUUGAAGUUUAGCCUCGUUUUAGCCAAGGCCUCUCUAUUUAGACAUCUAUUAGACUUCUUUUUAAGGUGUCUCUAUGAUAGCAGAUUUCCAUGAGCUGAUGAAGGAUUGGACUGAAACUGGAGAUGCAGGGAAGCAGGAAUGAGCUGGAGUUCUCAUUGGGGUUUCUCCUCAUCCGCUCACUUCUGUUUCUUUAAAAUUGGUGCAGAUGUUUAUCAUCAUGUCAGGUUUGUGUUGGAAAAUUAUAAGACUUCUCAAAUAAUCUGAGAGCCUAAAACACAAAUUUAAAGACAUUAUUACAGCAUUUGGUUGUAAAUACAACACUGCGCCAAAACAAACAAACAAACAAACAAACAAAUGUUUUCAAAAGUUGUAAAUAAACAAUAAAGAUUGUUUAAGUAUGUUUUAUAAGAAAA